UCAAAAGAAAGUUUGACCGACCGUGAUCAUCACGUAGAAUGAAUUAAUUGAUAUUGAGAAGGGAAUUUUGACAGUGACACAUAAGCGCAAAGUCUUGAAUUUAAAGUUUGUAUGUCCACUGAUGGUUUUCCAGAAGUAUUACAAAGAAUGUAUUAAUGGUAUCUGUACUUAUAAUGCAUGUUUUGUUGCAAUUACGUCCUUAGAAAAAACUGUAUUCGACGAAGGAAGUUAGCAGAAAAAAUUCUAAGAAAAGUAAGCUAGCACGCGAUAACAAAUGGGUUAAGUCCCUUAAACCUUCAUAGCGAAAGUAUUGUGAAAGGAGAGGAAAAAAAUUAUCAUAUAAUAUUAUAUAUAUUAUAUAUAUAUUAUAUAUAAUCCAACAUCAAUAUUUGGCAUUGUUGAAACAAAGUAAAGAUGGCUAGAAUUAACAGAAUAUUUAAACCAUGUCAGGGACAACAUUUUCCUACGUUAAAUUCAGCAAUGGAAAAUAUAUUUCGUUUGAUAGAUAGUUCAAAGAAAAAUAAAUCUCAUGUACAAAAAUUCACAGCAAUUUUAAAGCCGAUUGUUAAAGCUUUAAGUGGAGUAGAUUAUCAUUUUAUACGUAAGGCAGAAUUUUACUCUGACUUAACAGAGACCUUAAAUAAAAUACACAGUCAUAUUGUAGAAGCGAAGAAGCGUGGUAAACUAACAAAGAUAAUGAUGGCAAAAAAGGACCAAGAAUUUUUAACAAGCAUGCAACAGCAUAUUGAUUUGUUGUGUGGGCGUAUAUUCUUAGCUAAUGCUCAACGAUUGGAAAAACGGAAAACUGGCUUUGAUUAAGUUUGGUUUAUGUAUAUAUAUUUUUUUUAUUUAAUAAAAAUAUAUUUAAAAUUUCUUAUUGUAAUUUUUUUGAGUAAAAAUAAAAUAAAAAUAUAAAAUAUUUUGUAAUUUUUUAUCUAUUUAUCAACAGAUAUCUAUGUAUAUUGCUUGUAUCUUAGAAAGUUUAAAUAUUUAUUCAGUAUUUUUGUGGUUGACAAUAUUUAUAUAAUAUUUGUAUUAUUAAGUUUUCUUUAAAUAAAUGGCUUUAAUUGGUGCACAAA